CAUGCGUCACAUGCUACAAUACGGAAGUACUAAACGUCUGCUAGGGUUUGUUUCGGGUUCAGACGAGCGUUGAGCUGCUUGCUAGUUGUGUUAAAACAAAAAGUAUUUGAGCUGCUACUAAGACUCAGGAUGGAUGUGUCUGAAGUGGAAGAAUCUUCUCUGCAACUGGACGAAAAGCUGAUGCGUUUCAUGGACCAACUGGAGCUGCUGGAGGAGAAACGAGCCACCCUCAACUCCCUCAUAGAGCAGGGGUGGUUUUCAAUGUCCAAGGCUCGGUACUCCAUGGGCAACAAACAAGUCUCUGUGCUGCAGUAUGCAAGUGAGAUGGAGCCACUGGUCUGUGUUAAUGCAAGAAUGCAGGACAAUGGUGAGGUCCAGUUCUCCACCGAACGACCAACACAGAAGCCUAGCAAAGAGUCUGCAAAAGAUCUAAGACCUAUAGAUGACAUUGGGCCUCAAGAAGAAGGUGUCAGGAGGAGAAACAAACCAAAAAAGGAAAAGACAGAAAAAGAUCCAAGAGAGGAUGCAAGCAGCAAGAAGGCUCCUGAAGUGAAACCAGUAAGAAAACGUGAACACAAUCUACAGCAAGAUCCACUGAAAUGGUUUGGGAUUUUGGUGCCACAGUCUCUCAAACAAGCACAGUUGUCGUUCAAACAAGUGAUAGAACUGUCUGCUGAGAUUGCGACGCUCCAGACUGCAGUUUUAAACGCCAGACAGGAGCUGAAGGAUGGCUUGAAAAACAAACAUGCUGCAGAAGAACGGCUCAGCAGCUCAGCUAGACAAGGCACUGUUCCCUCUAAGCUGCGCGUGUGCGCAAUUGCGCACUGCUGACACGGUCUCCGCGCACACACACAAAAAAUCCAACCUAAAUUGAAAAUAAAAUAAGAAUGUAACAAUUCAUUCUGUGCUAUUUUUCAGUGUGAGUCAGUGAGUGACCAGUGACUGGCUGCUGCAGCCAAUGAUGCGAUUCACAUACGUAUUUACCAUAGACUGUAUAUAAUGGUAUUUACGCAGCUAAUCAACGUCAGGCGUCCUUAUGUGCAGCCACCAUUGUUCUCAUAGAUAUGAAUGAGUAGAUAGGACACGCCCCUUUGAGCUGUGUGCUAAGGCGAGCGGUUAGCCACUAGCAAAACACUAAGGUGAGCUAGCAGCUUUACAAGCAAAUACCAGACGAUUAAUAGUAGCUGUAGUAUAGUUGUACAAGCAGUAGUAGUAAUACUAAAAGUACAAGCAGUAGUAGUAUAAAAUAGCUGUUAGAGUCAUAGAAGUAGUAUCAGCAUUUGUAAUAGUAUUCCAAGUUGUAGUAGCAGUGCCAGUAUCAGCAGCAGUAAUGUACUACCACUACUAGUAGUAGUAGUCACAUUGCUAUUACUACCACCAAUACUACCAAUAGUAGUUACAAAUCCUAACUCAUAUAUAUCCAGAUUACCAUCUGUGUUCUUCCUCCAAACCCAUUUUAUGAUUAGGAUUACAGGCAGUUCUUUAGGACUGCUCUCAAAUAAUUGAAAUGUUACUAAACAAGGUUAUACUUAUCAAAUUAAAUAGCUCUGGUCUCCAGUAUAUUGGCAAAUUCGGUUAUUUGUACUUAAUUUAUUAGCAUGAUUUCUUUUUAAUAUGUUGUGUACAGACUUAAUUACUUCUCUGUUUACU